UGUAAAUUUGCACGUGUUGUGUAUCGUAGACUGCAAAACAACCAUUUGCCAUUGCCAGUCAAUAGCUACGAUAUGGAUUUAAGACAACCGAUUACACUUUAAUUAGUGCAUUUUGUUCACCUAAAGUGUUAUUAACGUUCGCGACGGCGAUGUGUGUAUAGUUAUCAGCCGCGUCAUUUGUUUUUGUUUACCUGCAGAUAGUUAGCCGUAGAUACAAUGUCGCCUUCACCGAUUCGGUGCCGCGGGCCCUGGAAAAUCCACAAGCGCUCGUCUGAGCCGGACCGCUGGCUAGACGAGAUGGGGUUUUUCAGGAAGCACACGGCUAGGGACUCGAGUUGCCUGUUCAGGGCCGUGUCUGAGAACAUCUUCAACACACAGCGAUACUUCCACAAAGUUCGGCUCGAUUGCGUACAAUUCAUGGCUUCACAGAGGCACCUGUUUGAAGGGUCAUUGACUUGUCCUUUCGAAAAUUAUCUCAAAGAGAUGUCCAAUCCUUCUGAGUGGGGUGGACUCAUUGAAAUAUCUGCUAUGAGCCACUUGUAUAGACGCGAUUUUGUGAUAUUUGAGGCCAACAAGGGCCCUCAAACAAAGAUUUGCAAUGGUUACGGAGACACCAUAUUUCUGUUCUAUUCACCCGACACCAAGCACUUUGAUGCGGUGUACACAAAAGAAUUCAUUAACACAUCAUCAUUUUGCCAAUCAUUAGUAUACGAAAUACUUUAUGAUGGAGUGUACCAACUGAAAGACCUGUCCUAUGCGGUGGAUAAAAUGCUCCAUGACAAAAUACCAACCAAUCACAUUGAGUACUUCAUGUCUGAGAAUGUGGAACGCCGCAAAAAGAAAGAGAGGGCCAAAAUCUUCAUAGAAUCUUCCAACGAGGAUGACAAGGACAGGAACAAUAAUGCAGUGGCCUUGAAGUGUAUGCACCACACUGACAAUCUAGAAAGAUCCAGCAUGCUGAAGGAAUCUUUGAGCAUUUUCGUGUUUAACCGAAGCCUUAUUCAGCUUGAAAAUGUCUGCAUGAACUGCCUCAAUGUCAACAGCGCUAAGGACUUACUUGACAAUGGUAUAACACCGUUCCCGUACAAGGUGGCUAAAGCUUUGGACCCUGAUAUAUACCGAAACAUUGAAUUUGAUGUUUGGAGUGAACUCAGAAGAGAGUUGCGUUAUGGGACCAGAUAUUCAGAUGGGACAACUCUUCAAGUUGGCGUGAAAUGCCUGUGUAGGUUGCAAGUGGACCAGCGUGAUCCGUACCACUGUCAUAUCCAGGAGAUGCGUCCGGACGGAGGGCCUUGCCUAGUGUUCAUUGAAGAGCUGGGAGAGAAGCGAGUGGUUAACUAUGACCAGUUGGAGCCCCUGUCGGUGUCAGAGGCUCGGCCGUGGGCGCCGCCGUAUCGAUACUCGCGGGCCCACCACCUGCCAACUUUAAGCCAAAUGUUGCAACAGAUAGGCAACAUCACACGCAAGCAAGGUCUUACCAAGACCCGCAAGAAGCCCGAUGAACCUAAAAGCCCUGAGAAGGCCAAGAGCCCCCCAAAACUGCAGUGGAAGGACGAAGUACUGGAGGAAAACCAAUACCAGACCGAUAUCAAUUUGUCUACGUACCAGCACUUGGAUUUAGCAAACUUUCAACCGCUGUCUGUUGAAGUAGAAGCGCUGCCCCUGAUGGUGGACUGCCGGCCCGGCGCCGCCGCGCCGCACGAGCUCGCCCACUCCAACGGCGACAACCAUGCCCCCGUCAACCAGAGUGUGGGCGAGGUGGGCGCGCUCGGGCACGCGCACGCGUCGCCGCCCGCGCCCGGCGCGCGCACGCCCGCACCAGCGCCGGCGCCGCCCAUGACCAGCUACUCGGUUCCAGUGGUGCCGGGCGGUGGAGUCCCGGUGAACUCCGGCGCGCCGUACGGCUACGGCGGCUGCGUCAAGUCGCUGGUGUGGUGCGCGUCGCCGCCGCCGCCGCCGCCGCCGCCGCCGCCCGUCAACCCGCACGUCGUCAAGAGUGUACAGCCGAACGGCGCGGAUUUGCCUAUGAACGAUAUCCCGACGCUGCGCUACUACUUCAACUUGGGCGUGGAGUGCAUGUGGGCCGCGUACGGCGCGCCGCCGCCGCCGCGACACUACUCUCCUCGCGACCUCGCCAUGGAUAUGCAGCAGAUAUCCCUGCAAGACCGAGCACCCAGUGGAGGGAACAAUCAACAUGAACACAAGCACAAGCCAGACAACAAGCCGCCCAUGCAGGGCAAGGGGAACGGACAGCGGCCACUGCUGGGACCCAGAUUCAAACGCGGCAAUCAAGACGGAUCGAUGAAUAACCACCAGAACAAGCCGCACAACAACAACGUGCCCAACAAGGGGCCAAAUAACCACCGCCGCGUGUCGGUGGCGGAGCCGCGCUACGAGGAGGCCGGCGGCGAGCCCGCGCUGGUGCCGCUGCCCUACAUGCCCUACCCGCCGCCCAUGUACCCGCUGCCCUACUACCCCGUCGAGGACCCAGCGAUGCUGGGCAUGAUGGGCGGCAUGGGCUACGUGAGCUACGAGGAGUCGCUCCCGCACUACUACCCCGCGCCGCACCACUACCCGCCGCCGCCGCCGCUCCCGCACCUGCACCCCGCCGCGCCGCCCGCCAACAACGUCGCCAACAACAUGCACGAACAUCACAAGUAACUGCCGCCAGGAACC